AUAGACACUCUUUUUCCACCUUCACUGUUCGCUUUCAACCUCGCGACGCUAAUGAGCACCGACAGAUCCUAGAGCACACACUCUCUGCUUUUCUGAUCUGUCCUUCUCGACUCUGCGAAACUAUGCUGCUUUACUACUCGCUCGCCAUCGGCCUGAGUGCCUUCUCCUUCUCCUCUGCGCAGACAUAUCCCGCCGAUCUCGUCGGCACGUGGUCUACAAAGUCAAACAUGACAGUUACCGGCCCGAACUUCUACGACGCAGCGAAAGACGAGCUGAUCGAGCCUGCUCGCACCGGCAUCUCAUACUCGUUCACCGCAGACGGCCACUUCGAGGAAGCUUACUACCGCGCCAUCUCGAACCCCUCCAAUCCGAAAUGUCCGUCAGGAAUCAUGCAAUGGCAACACGGCAGCUGGGUCAUGAACGCCAAUGGUUCGCUUUCACUCACACCCAUCGCGGUAGACGGAAGGCAAUUGUUGAGUGACCCAUGUGCUGGGGACCAUGGGGUAUACACACGCUACAAUCAAACAGAACUGUUCAAGCAAUACCAAGUCCUCACAGACCCCUAUCACAAGGUUCCACGCCUGAAUCUAUUCGAGUUUGACGGGACUCCAAUGCAGCCGAUGUACAGGAUUUCGGUCACACCUACCAUGCUGCCAACUACCACUCUCCAUGCGCUCACCACUGCGACGGCAACAGCAGGCUCGAAGCUCAAGCGCGGACUGGGUGCCGAUGUCCCCCUGAGCUGGAGGUCGAACGGGAAGCAGAAUGAGCAUAUGAUACAUCAAAUCAAUUCGGACCGUGUGUUCUGGGUCGGCUUGACGUUCACCGGCAUUGGAGGAUUGCUUUUCUUUGGACCUAGACGGCUCGGGAUCCGACUCUGA